GGGCGGACGGACGCGGAGAAGCUGCUGUGUCGUUCGCGCUGUACUCGCCUCGUCCGCUCGCUCGCUGUGCGGUUGAGGAAGCACUCGUUGCUGUGUGGCCGUGCGGGAGGGUGGCCGCCAGUGACAUAAGUCGCAUUUGUUUGUCAUUUAUGCAUCACGAGUGUGGGAACGAUACCAGAUAAUCGUCCUUUUUCUUCUGUAACUCUUAAGUGAUAAUUCUGGAUUAUUUCGACCUUCCUUCCACCCUCGAAGAAAGUGCAUAAACAUGCUGGAAUUCUUUGGCAGUAAAUGAGACUCUGAGGAAGAGGACUUGCCUUGGGAGGUUAAUUGGAACCAUACGUUAAUUAACCAUAGACUUUAGCAGCAAGGCGAGCUGGGCCAGCCAUGAAGGGCGAAAUAUGGACACUGAUGUUAGUGGCGACGAUGCAGGUCUUGCUCGCGAUGGGACGCCAGACCGAAGACCUGUCCCCCCCGCACGAAAUCACGUGGGGGAGACCGAAUUCAGAGACAGCCUACUUCGAUGAUGACACGGAUAUGAACGUGACAGCGGUGGUUGGGAAGCAGGCGAGACUACCCUGCAGAGUCAUCAACCUGGAUAAGAAAGAUGUGUCGUGGAUUAGGCAACGCGAUUUGCAUAUUCUCACGGUUGGGAUUCUGACCUACACGAGUGAUGACCGGUUUAAGGUCUUCCAUCCUGAGGAGAGCGACGACUGGUUCCUUGAGAUCAACCCCGUGACCUUCAGGGAUGCUGGUGUGUACGAGUGCCAGGUGUCGACGAGCCCCAAUCCAGCAAGCCCGAAUCAACGGCCCGAAGGAAGUGUUCAUCCAGAACGGGUCGACCAUCAAGCUUAUGUGCGUCGUGAACACCCACUCGGAAAACGUCGGGCAAGUGACCUGGUUUCGCGACGCGGCGGAGCUCGACUACGAUUCCCCGAGGGGCGGAGUCAGCCUGGAGAUCGAGAAGACCCCCGAGAGGACUACUUCCAAGCUGUUCCUGACGAGGGCGCUGAAGGGGGACUCGGGAAACUACACGUGCGCGCCGCAGUUCGCUCAAGCGGCCUCGGUCCUCGUCCACGUCGUUAACGGCGAAGAAUCUGCAGCAGUUCAGACGGCUAAUUCCGUCACCCUGCGUUCGAACCCCAAGGCAUUGUGCUGGUCCUUGGUAGCGCUCUUUCUCUGCCUUGGCUCGUGGUGACCCGCUGGCGAAGAGAGGGUAAUACGCGGGACUUUGUGCGUGCAGAGAGCAACUUCAACUUCAACUUCCAUGUGUAUAUAAUCGAAAGAAGUUCACGGUUUUCGAAACUGAUCCGAAACUUAUCAUCUUCCUAGAACUCUGUCCGAACCUCCGUUUCUUUUACGUUUUAAUCAGAAUCGUCCCGACUCGACAGCACCUCUCAAGAAGAGCAAAUUCCUUGCGUUUCACUGCCGUCCAGCACCAAAGAGGUUCUCUUGAAGGCUCAGCGAGGGGGAGUGUUUGCUGCACCAACUCCGCACCUCUUCCACUGUCAAUAAACGGCUGUAAAUAUACGCUGGCGAGUCAUUAGGUUCUCGUCAUGAGUUGAAUCCAUUCUUCUUAUUGGGAUUGCACAAAUUUGAGCUGCUCUUCAUUCAAGGGGAUUUUGCUCGUGCAGACUGUGUGCUGAAUCGUACGCGAGCUUCCGUGAUUGCUCAUUUGAAAAGGCGUGUGACAUGCGUGUGCUGCUGCGUCUGUGCUAAGGCAUACUCGGGUAUGUACGAACCACGCUGGAU